GUCUGAAAGAGCCCUGCAUUCCAAUUUCCAGAUCAUUACUAUUACACAAGCCUAAUAAGAGUGCAGAACUGAACCCCAAAAUGCCGGAAUCUUGGGCAAUACGAGAGAGCAAGAUUUAAAAAAUAAACAUGGCGAAACAGUCGGUCGGUUGGAUCAAGUUCCAAAAGAGAUGGCUAUUGCUGCUUAUCGUCUUAUUUACAAUUUCAACCGCUAUUGUGUUCGUCAUCAGAGCUGCAUUCGACUCCUGCGAUCGACAUUAUGAAGAUUCAGGCGGUCGGGUUCAUGUAGCUUCGCAGAUAGGAAGCAUUGCGAAUCCGCUCGACUUUAUGAAGUCGAAGCUUGUCCUACUGGUUUCUCAUGAACUAUCUCUUUCAGGUGGACCAUUGUUGUUGAUGGAGCUAGCAUUUCUUCUAAGAAGUGUUGGUGCUCAAGUUGUUUGGAUUACGAUCCAACGGCCAAUUGAAACAGAUGAAGUUGUAUACAGUCUAGAGCAUAAGAUGUUGGACCGAGGAGUGCAGGUCUUCCCUGCAAGGAGUCAAGAAGCUCUAGAUAUGGCUCUUAAAGCUGAUUUGGUUGUUCUAAACACUGCUGUUGCUGGAAAAUGGCUGGAUGCUGUUCUUAAGGAGGAUGUUACUCGUGUUCUUCCAAAGAUUUUGUGGUGGAUUCAUGAAAUGCGAGGGCAUUACUUCAAGAUGGAGUAUGUUAAGCACCUCCCUUUUGUUGCAGGUGCCAUGAUUGAUUCACAUACAACGACAGAAUACUGGAAGAAUAGGACUCGAGAACGUUUAGGGAUUAAGAUGCCUGAAACUCAUGUUGUUCAUCUUGGGAAUAGCAAAGAAUUGAUGGAAGUAGCAGAAGAUAAUGUGGCCAAAAGGAUUCUUCGUGAACAUGUCCGAGAGUCCCUUGGAGUGCGGAAUGAAGAUGUUCUCUUUGCCGCCAUUAAUAGUGUUUCACGAGGGAAAGGUCAAGACUUAUUUCUCCGUUCCUUCUAUGAAAGCUUGCAAUUGAUCCAAGAAAAAAAAGUCCAGGUGCCAUCGUUGCACGCAGUAAUAGUGGGAAGUGACAUGAAUGCUCAGACCAAGUUCGAAAGAGAACUGCGUAACUUUGUAAUUGAGAAAAAAAUUCAGGAUCGGGUUCACUUUGUCAACAAAACCUUGACUGUAGCUCCUUAUCUGGCUGCAAUAGAUGUUCUUGUCCAGAACUCUCAGGCCCGGGGAGAGUGCUUUGGACGGAUAACCAUUGAAGCUAUGGCAUUUCAGCUGCCUGUUUUGGGAACAGCAGCUGGAGGUACUACAGAGAUUGUGGUCAAUGGAUCCACUGGUUUGUUGCAUAUUGUCGGUAAAGAGGGUGUCACACCUCUGGCAAUGAAUAUUGUGAAACUUGCCACACAUGUUGAGAGAAGGUUGACAAUGGGAAAGAAAGGCUAUGAGAGGGUGAAAGAGAUGUUCAUGGAGCAACAUUUGGCCCAUAGAAUUGCUUCAGUUCUCAAGGAAGUCUUGCAGAAGGCAAAAAGCCGCCCUCAUUCGUAAGUUUCAAUCUGUUUUGACUUCUACCAAAAUCCGUGUAUCAUUUUCAUUUCAUUAUUAUGGAUACCCUCAUUUCCUGUCAGCUGGAAUACUGUACAUACAUGUACAAUUAAAAGUUUUUGUUCCCAAGCUUUAUGUCAAAUCUAUUAGCCAA